GCGCGCGUGUGCGUGAGUGUGCGUGCGUCUUGGGAGGAUGGUGAGGGUACGUGAGAGUGCGUGAGCCCGCGCGCGCGCGUGUGUGUGUGUUGGCAGGGAGCGAGAGGGUGCCGAGGGUAGGCGCGCGCGUGCGUGUGUCGGCGAGUGGAGGCGAAGGCUGGUGAGGAGGGUGCGCGCGUGUGUGUGUGUGUGCGCGCUUGGGGAGGCGGAGGAGGGCGGCUGGGAAGCGGCGAGCGGGAGGCGCGCGGGGUGGUGUCGUGCGGAGGAGGGGAUGCGAGGCGAGGCGAGGGGAGGGAGCAAGGAUAGGGGAGGAGGGGACCGCGAGAGAGGGACGCGCCGAGCCAGUGUACUUGAACUUAGAGGUUACAUUCCCCCCUCGCGCGUCGCAUCACGGCAGCGCUAUCCCCGCAAUCCGCGUCCCACCUCCUCCCCCCUCUCUCCCCACCCCCUCAGCCACCCACAGACCCCCCCGUCCUGCCCCCGCCCGCCAUCUUUGUAUUAUUUCCGAUUUAUUUUAUGUCGCGCGCGGCCAUUGAGGAGCUGAUUUUCUCCGGACCAGAGCCGCGCUCGUCGAUGUGACCACUGGGCGAGUGCGGCCACCAUGUCGCGCCGCAAGCAGGGCAAGCCGCAGCACCUUAGCAAGCGGGACUUCUCGCCCGAGCCCGAGCGCGUGGAGGCGCUCAUGGGCGACGAGGAGGAGGAGGAGGAUGACGACGAGGAAGACGACCGCGCGGCGGCGGCGGCCGAGGCCCAGGCGCCGGGCGGUGCGGGCGGCGCGUCCGAGCAGGACCUGCUCACGUGCGGGCAGUGCCAGCUCACUUUCCCGCUGGCCGACAUCCUCCUCUUCAUCCAGCACAAGCGCAAGGGCUGCGAGGCCUCGCUCUGCGCCGACAAGGGGCCCGGCGGCGGUGCCGGCGGCGGCGGCGUCGUCGCGGGUGCUCCGCGGGCCUCCCCGCCGGCGCAUGCGCUGGUGCGGGCGCCCGUGGAUAUCGGCGUGCAGGUGUCGCCCGAGGACGACGACCUGGCUGCGGGGCACGCCAAAGGAGGCCCCGCCAAACGGGAAGGCCCGGCGCAAGGGAAGGACGAGCCGUGCAGCUACGUGUGCACGACGUGCAAACAGCCCUUCUCCUCGGCCUGGUUCCUGCUGCGGCACGCGCAGAACACGCACGGCUUCCGCAUCUACCUGGACAACGGCCACCCGAGCAGCCCGCUCACGCCGCGCGUGGGCCUGCCGCCCUCGCUCGGCCCCGACUCGCCCGCUCAGCCCCCGCCCCUGCCUCCGCCGCCCCCCUUGCCGGGCCUGCACCUGCCCGACGCCAACCCCUUCAGCUUCCUGCGCCUCUCGGGCCCCCCCGUGCUGCGCGACCACCACCCGGGCCUCCGGGAAGGCGCGCCGGGGGGCCCCGGCGGGCGGCUGCCCCCGACGCCGCCGCUCUUCAGCCCGCCGCCCCCCAGGCCGCACCUGGACCCGCACCGGCUCGACUGCCUGAGCGCCGAGAGCAUGGCGCUGGCGGCGGCGGCCGCCCACCACCACCACCACCAGCACGCGCACGCGCACCAGCACGCGCACGCCCACCCGCACGCGCACGCCCACCCGCACCCUCCGGGCGGCUUCGAGAGGGCGCUCAGGCUGAACCCCAUCGGGAUGGAACCACCGCUGCCGAUGGAUUUUUCGCGGCGGCUGCGCGAGCUUGCUGGGAACUCGACGCCGCCGCUUUCCCCGGGCCGACACGGCGCCCUACCAAGGCUUCUGCAGCCCUUUCCGGCUGGCGGUAGCGGCGCCGGGAACAAGUCGCCUUUUCUCGGCACUCCCCCUCCCCCGCCACUCCCCCCGCCUCCUCCCAUCCCGCCCCCUCCCCCUCCGCCGGCCUCCGUCUCGCCGGCCGCGUCCUCGCAGUCGUCGCUCAAGCCCAAGUCGUGCGAGUUCUGCGGGAAGACGUUCAAGUUCCAGAGCAACCUGAUCGUGCACCGGCGCAGCCACACGGGCGAGAAGCCCUACAAGUGCCCGGUGUGCGACCACGCCUGCACGCAGGCCAGCAAGCUCAAGCGGCACAUGAAGACGCACACGUGCUCGCCGGCCGGGGGCUCGUCGCCGUCGCACGGCGGCGCCGCCGGCAACUCGGAGGACGGCCGCUCGGAGGCCAGCUCCCCCGAGCCGGGCGCCAGCGAGGGCCUCCGCGGAUCGAGGGAGCGCAAGUACCGCUGCGAGGGCGACGGCGACAACAACGAAGAGGAGGAGGAAGAGGAGGAGGAGGAAGAGGCCGAGGAGGAGCUGGCCGAAGAGGAGCGUGGCCGGGGCCGGCCGGACUCGGCCUUCGACCUGAACGCGGAGAGCGGCCGAGAUCACGAGCGCAACGGCAAGCCGGCCGAGCGCAAACCGCUUGCGCUCAACGACGUCAUGGACAGCGUCGGCCUCAACCCGAUGCAGCACUACAGCGAGGCGCUCAAGCAGAUCCUGGCCGGCAAGCGGCGUCAGUGCCCGCCCCCGCCCGAGCACCCGCUGGACGUGAUGAGGGCGCCGCGGGACGGCCCCGUCGACAGGGACCCCUCCUCCCACGCCGAGUCCAACCACGUCUCCGAGAGCCCCGUCAACGGCCGAGGGUUCUCGCCCGGGCAGCUCCCGGGCACGGCCGUGCCCCGGAACCCCCCGCCCAUCUCCAGCCCCAACCUGCUCAGCACUUACCCCAAGCGCAUCAAGCUCGAGAAGGAGUUCGAGCUGCCGCCCGCACCCAUGCUGCCCACGGAGAACGUCUACUCGCAGUGGCUGGCGGGCUACGCCGCGUCGCGCCAACUCAGCAAGGAUCCUUUUUUUGGGUUCGGGGACUCUCGCCGGUCCCCGUUCGCCUCCUCCUCGGAACACUCGUCGGAGAACGGCAGCCUGCGCUUCUCCACGCCGCCCGGCGAGCUGCUGGACGGCAUGAACUCCGGCCAGAGCGGCACGGGCAGCGGCAACAGCACGCCCAACCUGUCGGGGCGUUCCAGCUCCAAGGACGGCCGGCGCAGCGACACGUGCGAGUACUGCGGCAAGGUGUUCAAGAACGGCAGCAACUUGACGGUGCACCGGCGCUCGCACACGGGCGAGCGGCCCUACAAGUGCGAGCUGUGCAGCUACGCGUGCGCGCAGAGCAGCAAGCUGACGCGCCACAUGAAGACGCACGGCCAGAUGGGCAAGGAGAUCUACAAGUGCGACAUCUGCCAGAUGCCCUUCAGCGUGUACAGCACACUGGAGAAGCACAUGAAGAAGUGGCACGGCGAGCAGCUCAUCUCCACUGACGACGAAGUCAAGUCCGAGCACACGGAGACCAGUUGAGGACGGCGUGACGUUUCCUCUCGCCCGCCCACCCGCCCAUCGGCCGGCCGGCCAUCCGGUCCAUGCCUGGUUCCGUCAAACCCCCCCCCCCCCCCCACAUCGACCGCCACCACUCCUCUAGACCGCUUGGCCGUCCUGCUCUGGUCCUAACUCUGGACCCGUUCUGCUCCCCCCUUCCACCCCGCGCCCCCCUCCGCCCCCUGCCGUGUUGGCCGUUUGCAUCCACGCACUCUCAGGCCCACAAGCACGCACAGCCUCUCGCUCUUCAUUCCAUUCCAGCCCUGGCGUGGGCUUUUAAUUUCCUCCUGCCACCUGUCCGCCCGCCCGCCCACCCGCCCCAGCAAUUAUAUAUUUCUAACUUUUUAUUUAUUUAUUUCGUUUGCUUUGGGUGCGAGCUGGAAGUUUGUAAAGUAAUGUAAAAGUUGUGCUGAUUUUCUGCCAUAAAACUCGAAUGGAAACACUAAAUGCGGGAACAAAAAUAAAUCCUGCCUCUACUUUCAAGCGAACGUUUCAAGGAAUGACCCGACUUUGAAUCCCGUUGCUUACAAAUCAAGCUCAUUCAUUAUGCCAAUAUCUUUGAGUCAAGGCUAAUAUUUGCAAAAUGUAAACGAAAAUAUCUACUUUAAAUAUCGCCUUAGAGGGUAUUACAUUCCGCACGGUCAACCUCGUCGACAGCGUGGUCGCUGCAAUGGUGCCCACCUGCGUUGAGGACAACACGGAAGCAGGUUUAUUUAAUCGGUGGAGCCAACUUCUUCGUGGGUUUAGUACUAAAUUGAGUGAGGUUAUUCGCUUUGUAGCACUGCUUAGAAUUCCAAUAAUGGCAACGGUGACCACCAGGCACACGGGAAAUGUACAAAUAUAAAUAACGUUGAUGCGUUCUUUCAGCUUGCCCAAGUCAUUCAAGAAUUUGUUGUCCAGAAAGUUUCCACAACUUGUUUUGUUUUAGAUCGUCAACAAUUCACUCCCCAUGGGACCAAAUUGAACAAGAACAGCAAGGGAGGGAGACAGUUGGGGGGCGGGCGGGGGGGCGAGACGGAGGGACGGAGGAGACGCGACGCUCUCUUGGGCAACUCUGUGGCUGUAAGAGAAGUCCCCGAUGUGGCUGUGGCUGUAAGCGAAGUCCCCGAUGCUACGCGCCGGCGACGACGUCCCUCGUCUUUCUCUCUCUCUCUCUCGUGCAAUAACGGUCGCGCGUGCGGCGGGGAGAGCGGAGGGGCACGUGUGGCGCGUCCAGUCGAUCGCAGGUCACACAGGUUCCUAGUUUUCCGCAAAAAUCCUCGGCGCCUUUUCAAAUCCACAGUGGCUUAUUACCACAGAUUUGACAAAAUAUAUCGGCAAGCUGUUGAAAUAGACGGCGACUCUCAAAAUAGAAGUAAACAUUUGCGAGCCUCCUUUUAAAAAGACGAGCAGUACGAGACGUCCAACGAAGCGAGUCGCGUUGCUCUGUCGAGGUUGCAUUUCAAGUAAUAAUGGGAUCGGAAAAUUAAUGUGCGAGUGCCUUGUUAAACAGUCUUUCCCCAGAAGCAAACGGAGCCUUCACGACAUUUACCGGCCAGAACUUCCCAGGAAUAUUCUGCCGCAUUUAAAAGCGCUUUUUUGGCCUUUUUCUUCCGACGAGAUUAAAAUCUCACGCUCUGCUAACUGGAUACGUCAGGAUGAAUGCUUGCAAGAGCUCAUCACUGCUUUUGUAGUUUUAAUCCUGCCUUGCCUGCGUCGAGGGAAUCCCGUUCGGUAGCGGCGCGCGCGGAACGCAAAGCACUGCACGCGCCAUUUGUACAGUAGGAAUCACACACGGAGAUGCUAGAUAUUUAAUUUUGAGAUUGCCUAAAUUAUAAGCUGUAAGACUAUCACAUUAAUAAACAGUUGUAGCACAAGCGGAGAGUGAGAGAGGGGUCGAUUCUAGCACUGUUUUUCGCAUCCCUGAUUGUUCAGGGAUUAAAGCAUGUAAACUAAAAUGAAAUGCGUCGCUUAAAAAGGACCGUUUGUUACUGAUAUCAACACUUAACUGAAAAAAAAAACGCACUUAUCGGCCACUGCGGCUGGUGUAAUUUUAGCUCUAAGCUAGCCUGUCGUACUAUCUUAUUUGCUAUGGAUGAAUCUUUUAAAGGACUGAACACGUGAAAAUGGAUCUUCAAAAAAUAGUAUUGCAUGAGAGAAUCCGUUUCAUCCCCUUUCUUUCUCCGGUAGCUUUGGUACUCGCUAGGUUGCAGAUGCUGUAUUUUACUUGUCAGUAUAGUCGUUGAUCUUGGAUCACAUUAAGCAAAAUAUAAUUCAAGUAUACGGAGAAGAGGCAUAUGAGUAAGGUGACGAGACAGAAGAAUUACGAAUUCAAUGCUGCAUAAAAUGUGUCAUUGUUACCGGUAACUAUAUAUUGAGAGAGAAGGAAAAGUGUACGUUUGGUGUUUAUGCAUUUAUAAAUAUUUAAAAAUGCUAGUUACAAUGGAAACGCCACAGCCGUGGUCCUUAUCGGUAACUAUUUCUAUGUUGUUUGAUGUAGAUGUUAAUUGUUGGCACUAUGCUGUCCAUAACUGGGCUUGUAAUUUUUAAAAAAAAUAAUAAUAAUUGCUUUUUGAUGUUUUUUGGUAGGAUUUUAGUGGUACGCAGGCUGCCAUGGUAUAUUUUUUAAUUUGGCAGGAUAAUAUACAGUGUGGGUAAAGAGGUGCAGCAGCAUCAUUGAUGGUGCUGUACGUUCUUGAGGUCGGGCAAAACUAAAAUCACGUGGGGGGGGGGGGGGGCUGCAGACAAGAAAUAUUGCACAGAUGGGGUGGGGGGCACGGGUGGGGGGGGGGGAGGUUUCGUAUAACGACUGUAAAAGCAUAAUACGAAAAAAAUGGGGAAAAAAUAAUUUUGUCACUUGGAAUUUGUAGGUGAUGUACAAAUGUUUUUGUCAAUAAUUUCUAUAUAUGGCAUCUAAAUGAUUUGAAUGCAGGCCUUUUGUCAAACAAUAGGUGGUGUGUUUUUAGCGCAGUUUGGUCCCCUCAUGCUUUUUACAUUCCAAUAUUUGAUAUUGUUGUAUAUGCAGUAAGCUAAGUGUCCGCUACGUCUUCAGUUACAUUUCUUUCCUUACUGCCAACACUCAUGGUGCUUUUGUACUUUUGACUGAACAUCAUAUGCAAAGUGAUCAAAUGUCACUUAAGUCAGUGGUUUUAUACAUUGUUUCUCCUUUUGGUUCAGCGUUGUAAAUGGCGAGACACAGUUCAUUUGCUUCAUGCCUAUCUCUCUCUGUGUUUUAUUUGGUAAUUUUUUUUCGUUUGUUUAGUAACCCUGUAAUUAUGGAAAUGCUCUCUUGGUACCCUGGACAUGUUCGUAAUUUGCUAUGAAACUUUAUAUUUAUUUUUUAACGUCGUUCUAUUUUUUUUCGCUUACAAGGCGCUCUGUUAAAAAUGGAAGCGCGGUUUAAAUGUCUGUUUUUUUUUCUUUUAAUUUUGUCAAUUUUUUUUUAAAAGAAAAAUCUGUAAGGUGUCAGAGGUUGGCCUAAGGUCUCCUUACCCUGACAUUUGAGUAUUUAUUCCGUCAAUGUUAAAGAUGCAAAAUUGGUUCACCCAACAUGCACGCUGUUGUGGCCAUUGUUAUGAAUGCGUCCUCAAAAAAACCACGAAAAACACAAAAAAAACGAUAGCUCAUUUAGCUUUUUUAAAGCCUCCUUUUUUGUUAUUGUUUGAAACAUUUCAAAUAAAAAUUUUUGGAAGUUUCUUCCAACUACUGUUUUCCCAUUUAUUGCUUUCUCGCAGGUUGCCGCAAAAUACCGCAGCAAGCAAAUGAUUUUUCGGGGGUCAUCGGGGUCACAUGCUCGAAGAUCGGCCUAAAAAGAUUCUCCAUUUUAACGCGAGGAACACGCCGCAUGCAUAAAAUAAAAUAAAGUGGGUUUUUUAAAUGACUUUUCAAA